AUGACCGCCCCGAAGCGCAAGCGCACCGACACCGACCCAGCAGCCGCCCCUCCUCCCACCAAGCGACCUUGCCUCACAUCCAGCCUCAACCUCGCCUCGGAAGACGACACGCGCGCGCUGGGGGCCGUGGAGACCAACUACGAUGUGCAGCUGCAGUCCGUGAUAUCGUCGUCCAAGAUCCAGCAGCGGGUGACUGCCAUGCUGCGGCACCUGUCGCCCCCGUCAGAUUCGACAACAACACCGCAUCAUAAGGAGAAGGAGAUGGGGAUGGGAAAGGAGACGGCGACGGGAAAGACGCGAAUAUCAGUACUACGCGCAAGGGCGCCCGACGCGGGGAAGCUGAUCUCGAUCGCCGAGAUCGCGAAGCGGGAGCUGGGGAAGCAGGGGGGCGCCGACAGGAAGCAGCAACUGGGCCAAACAGCAGCACCUGAACCAGAACCAGAACCAGCACCACCAACGCCAGCAGCGACACCAAGAGAACCAAGUAGUCGAGAAGCAGGACGCUGGUACCAGUACAUCGCGCUCGGCGAGGAGAAGAAAGAAAGACCGCGGGACGAAGGCAAGACGAUGAUCGUCGAGGAGACGGUGCUAGGUGGCAAGGCCAACGACAACGAUGACCACACGCAAGCGCACGAAGACGAAGACGCAGACGGGGACGACUUCGAGGUCAUGAAGACGCCGUUUGAGCGGGCCAUCGAAGGACGGCCGCUGGUGAGGGGGGUCCCCAUCAUGAGCCUGUUCCUGUCGCGCGUGCCGGUCGAGGAGCUGCGGAGGCGGUAUGGGGAGCAGACGAAUGCGCCGCCGAUAUAG